AUGGGGACACUUUGGUUUGGAGGAAUCAAGAAACAAGCUUCUCUGUUUCUUCAAGACAAGUACAAUGUUGCUAGACUUGUUCUCACCGAUGUUACAGAAGCUGAGCUGUUAGUGGAAGAAGCGACAAAUGAUGAUCCAUCUUCACCAAAUGCUAAAACGAUGACUAAAAUAGCCGAGGCAUCGUUUGACACAGUGGAUUAUUGGAGAAUCGUGGAUGUUCUGCACAGAAAGUUUGAUUGGGGAGCUCAAGUUCAGAAGAAGGCGGAUCAAAUUCAAACACUUCUUCUAGGGAAAGAGGAAUUGAGAGAAGCUCGUCUCAAAGCUCUUAAAACCACAUCUCAAAUCAAUGGCUUUGGAAACUCCUCCACCCACUCUUCUCCUUCAUCGGAAUUUUUUUCUCCCCGGAGAAGCUCCGAUACAAAACCGACCGAACGAGAUGCUUCUGUAACCGAGUCCGAUUCGUUAAUCGGUUAUGAAGACGAGAGAGAUCGAGCCGCCGCCGGUGAGGAGACGAUGAUCGGCGGAAUCUGCUCUAAGCUCGCCGGAUUUAGUCCUCUGAAGAAACUUCACGGUGGUCGUACGGCGGCGGGGUUUCGUACUUUGUCGAACGUCGAGAGAGUUUCCGGUAAUUGUUACGAUCGCCGGAAUUCUAUUGGCUACUGA